AUGCGAGAGGCAGGUCCAAAGAAAUACCACGAUCUCCUGAUUCCGGACUUUGAUGUGGGAUGCAAGAGACGAAUCUUCGACCCUGGCUACCUCGAAAGCCUACAUAGUGACAAAGUUCUACUAACCGACGCGAAGAUUGAUAAAAUCACCGCAGAGGGUCUUGAGACUGACAAAGGCUUCAUUCAGGCGGACGUGAUUGUUCUCGCGACAGGCUUCAGGACUAACAAAUUCAUUCCAUACAUGGAUGUGGUCGGGCGAAACGGCGAGAGUGUGUCACAGCACUGGACUAAGUACGACGGCCCAGCUGCCUACAACUGCUCGGUUCUUAGUGGCUUUCCCAACUUUUUUAUGCUCCUCGGACCUAAUGCUGCAACCGGACACACAUCAGCUAUGAUGGCCGCUGAGAACUCGAUUAACUACGCUCUUCGCGUUCUAAAGCCCGUACUGGACGGUGAUGCCUCAUCAGUAGAGCUAAUGCCCAAGGCCGAGCACGACUACGUCUACUGGGUGCAAGACGCAUUGAAUAAACGCGUUUGGAACGCGGGCUGCGUAUCAUGGUACCUCAAUGACAAGAGAUGGAACUCCAUGUCUUAUCCGUGGACCCAAGGUCAUUACUGGUGGAGGAGUCUGUUUCCCACAUGGUCCGAUUGGCAUAUUAAGGUAGGUUGGGGUCGUUUUCUGUUUAUUUUUUCUUUCCUUGCUCUUUUCUUCGAUUUAAUCCGAUUGAACAAACAUGUAUCAUAUCAUUUAACUGUCAGCAGAAGACUAUAA